GUGAAUCAAUCGUGCAUCGAUAGGUGGCGGUUUCAAUUUCUCUCACGUAUUCUCACGAAUUGAGAGUUGCGAGGGAUGCACAUACAAGGUUCAUACCACACGGGAGAAUCAUACGGAAGGAUCAGAGGAUCAUUCGACGAUGCCGAUGAGUCUCGUUGGUGUACACAUACAGUUUACCUGUUGAUAAUCGCGCUUCGAGCACCAGAGUCAAAAGAAUAAAAAUUCACGUGGAGCAUGAUGCAUUCGCGGUGAAUCCCGCGCGAGACUGGACGCCUGUUUUUCUUCGAGACGGUCAACAUUUUCAUACAGAACAAGCGCGAGCGAGUUGAUAUGCGUUCCAAUUUCGCGUGUCGUCGUGAAAAUUAGCGCUGUCAUUGUUCCUGUCGCGUUGGACUGUGCGAUGUUUCUCGGCUGUAACGAUUGAAGAUAUAAUGUAACUCUUUGCGACCGUGAAAUCGGUCGACCCUCGAUAAAUUCUCUUCGCUAAUUGAGAUUUCUUUGUGAGAGAGGAUGGGAGAGAAAAUUCGCAUUACAUUGGAAUGUGGACACACAUCAGUGUUACGUGUGCAUUCCACUCCUGAAGGGUAUACACAUGAUUGGGAAGUUUUUGUGCGAGGGGUGGACAAUGCGGAUAUACAUCAUUACAUUGAGAAAGUGGUAUUCAUUUUACACAAUACAUUUCGAAAUCCCAAAAGGGUAUUGAAGGAACCACCAUUUGUGGUAAAGGAAUCUGGCUAUGCAGGUUUUAUAAUACCUAUUGAAGUUUAUCUAAAAAAUAAGGAUGAGCCCAAGAAGGUUUGCAUGCAAUACGAUCUUGUUCUGCAGCACACUGCUGCACCUUAUAAUAAUGCCAUACUUCACUCGGAAGUAAUUCUUAAUCCUUCCGAUGAGUUUAAGAAAAAACUAUUGAAAGGUGGUGGUAUUAUAGAAAGGUUACCUAUUAAAGACAGUUUAGUAGAAAAGAGCGAUACUAAAACACCCACAAUGGUUAGCAAAGCAAAAUUAAAUGGCAGUGAAAGCAAGAAACAUCGCAUUGCUGAGUCUAAAACUUCAAACUCGUUUCAAGAAUUAUUUGGCCCUCCUAUAAAGACAGCACCUCUAAAAAUAUCACCAGACAGCAAAAAAACAAGUCAAUCUGAUAAAAAUUCAGUUCCUAAACCUUUAGCUAUUAGUGAAAAAUCUGACAAAUUGGAUAAAACAAUUAAAAAGGAAAGUCCUCAUAAAGAUAAAAAAGAUAAAGUAGAUGAGAAAAAGGAUAAAAAAGGUAGAGACAGUUCUAAAGAUCGGCUCAAAAAUAAAGAAAAAUCUAAGAGACCUCCUAGUCCGGGAAGUAAAAGUCAUUCAAGUCCUGGAAACAAGAAAUCAACAUCACCUGUUGUUACAAAAAAACCACUGAGUCCUCUUCCAUCAUCUACAAAGAGAUCUGUAUCACCUAAGUCUAAAGAAAGAGAUGUAAAGAAAAUUUUACCGGAUAAAGAGAAAGACAAAGCAAAAAGUAAUUCUAGAAGUGACAUAGAUUCAUCUAAAUCUGAGAAAAAAAAGGAUAAGAAAAAACACAAAGAUGAUAAGGACAGGGAUAAAAAAGACAAAUAUAAAGAAGCAGAAAAAGUUAAAGAUGUUAUGAAAAUGACUGAAAAAAAAUCUGAAAAAGCAGAUAAAACAGAAAAAACAGAGAAAGAAAAAUCUCAAGAAUACAAAUCGUCAAGAGAUGGCAGAAAAUCUCCAAAAUCUACGAAAGAAAAUGAUAGAGUGAAAGAUGAUAAAGCGAUAAAAGAAAAAUCAGAAAAAAGUGAAAAAUCUGAGAAAACGAGGGAUGGCAAAAGUGAUAAGGAUAGACAAAAGCACAAGCACAAGAAGAGAGAUAAAAAGGAUAAAAGAGAUAGCAAAGAUAGGGAAAAGAAAGAUAAACGUGAAAGAAGCAAGGAUGGAAGCGAGAAACAAAACAAUACAUCUUCUGCAUCGGUCGGGAACUCAUCUCUUUUAACUGAAGUUCCAGAAAGAGACAGCAGCGAUUCGGCACCUUCCGUAGAUGAUGAUUCAUUACUCGAAAGUAAACCGGUACUUGGUAUCAAGAAGGAAACAGAACAUGCAAUAAUAUCUACGCCUACAGAAACAGCAAAGCCACUGUCUCCAGAUAUAUCGGUAGAUGUAAAAAAGGAAAAGAGUGAUCGUAGUAGAAAGGAUAAAUCCAAAGGAAGCAGAAGCGAGGAAAGAGAGAAUCGAAAAAGGAAGAGAAGUAAAGAAGAUGAUGAAAUUCCAGCGAAACGUGAGAAAGCCAGGGGUCAUUCGACAUCUCCGCCUUUGGAGCCAGUUUCAUCAAGUCAAUCUCCAGUCGCGAUGGAUGUUGACUCCGUCCACCAUUCAGAAAAGGAGGCGAAAAAGGAAUUUAAAAAAGAGAAAGAUGAUCGUGUUAACUCGGUCGAUCAGGUGACAAAUGACAAGGACAUGGAAAUUGAUGCUGAACAGGUGGCCCCAGAUUCUACAAACAGCACUGAUGCAGAGAUCAGUGAACCACCAGUGUUUUCAGAGGAUUAUGUAUCACAAUUGAAAGAUUUGCAACAAAAAAUAAUGACAUUGCAAGAUAACGAAGAGUUACAAAGAGUUGUGCAAGUAAUUGCAGAGACUGGUCAAUAUGAAAUUACUAAGAAAACAUUUGAUUUUGAUUUAUGUGCACUGGAUCGUAGAACUGUACAGCGUCUUCAAGAAUUUUUUUCUGCAUCGUGACCAGUUGCAGUAUGAGGUAUGACACAUUAACUUAUAUAUACAUUCUUGUAAGAUCACACAUUAAGUCACAUGAUUUUACAACAAAAUUUUUUAGUGACAAAAGUAAUAAUGUAUAAGAUCCCAGAAGAAUUUUCAAAUACAUUCCUCAAUUUAUUAAUGCAUUAACUUAUAUC